UCCCCCCACCUCACCGUCACCCCCGACCCAGGGGGGAAAUCUCUGCGAAACCAGAACACCCCGGCCAGUUCGACAUCGCGGCAAACACGAGGUGUUCGACGACAAUACAGGAUCGACUCUCGUAUAUAGCUUCUCUCUCUCUCUCGCACGCACGACGCGUUUCUGUCGCGAAAAUUUCGCGGCUUUUCUCUUUUUCUUUACCAUCUCCGUAUCCGAACUUGCCGGAAGUAACGAAAAUCGCGCGUCGUUUCGCGAAAAAAAACGUCCUCUCCGGCCGCGCGUAAGGAGCGGCAUAUCAUCGUUGUAACACCUGAGUGACGUACUCGUGACCUUCCGAGCCCGCGUGGUGAUCGUCCGGGGCGCAUCUUCCAACGCCUCUUCCUCCGCGUCCUCGAUGGGUCCCUUUCCUCCGAUCGGGUGAAAUGGCCCGAAGAUAUUGAACAAAGAAGACGUGGACGCGGCCUUGCCCUUUCGAGGCGCAACCUCCAUCGAUCGCGUCGACAUCCAUCCGUAUAAAUAUGCGUCCCUUUCUCGGCUGGUUACGUGACGUCGUAUAGGGGUACGGAAUCGCGACCACGUUGUGUCUGUGCGCGAUGAAGAGACGUAGGAUCCUACGGUCGCACGAAUCGUAACGCAACGUAACGCCGUUGUAAUAUCCUCCCGAAAUAUCGGGAUCGCGAGAAUGACAUCGAACGGAAUGCGGAGCAAUGUGUAACACCAUGUCCGACUCCAGCGGCGGCUUGAUAGAAUUCGUCGGGUCGGCCGGCGGCUUGAAGAGAUGCGGGGGCGGCAUGAGCUCGCCCGCUUUAAGUGCUGGCGGCAUCGGCUCGACAGGCGGACUACCCAGGACCAUGUCGACUUCCGCGCUGCGAGUUCGACAGCCCAGGAGGGCGGUCUUCUGGGAACAAUGCUUCGACAAGAGAGACUUCCAUGGCGAGGACCUCAUCGUUACACCCUUCGCACAGAUUCUUGCUUCUCUGCGCUCGGUCAGGAACAAUUUCUUGUCGCUCACGAAUGUACCGACGAAUAAAUCGCGAAGGAGUAGUGGCCAACAGGGCAGUAGCACGCCACAGCCACGGAUUUUGGCGCCAGGAGAGGAGCCCUUUAUGAAACUGGCUGUUGAAACGAUAGAGGAACUAGACUGGUGCUUAGAUCAGUUGGAGACCAUUCAGACGCAUCGAUCCGUGUCCGACAUGGCAUCUCUAAAGUUCAAGAGAAUGCUGAACAAAGAGCUAUCGCAUUUCUCGGAAUCCUCCAAAUCUGGCAAUCAAAUUUCGGAAUAUAUCUGCAGCACCUUCCUUGACAAGCAGCAGGAGCUGGAUUUACCGUCUCUUCGAAUCGAGGAUGCGGUCGCCGCUACGGGUAGCGUCGUGGAUACACGGGCGGCGAAGAAAAAGGAUCGCGUACAAAGGGGCCCCGCCGCCAUGUCACACAUCAGCGGCGUGAAACGGCCAUUGACACACACCAACAGCUUCACCGGGGAGCGCGUGCCGCUUCACGGGGUAGAAACACCGCACGAGGAGGACCUCGGCAAGCUGCUGUCAGAUAUCGAUAAGUGGGGCAUCGACAUCUUCAGGAUAGGCGAUCUCAGCAGCAAUCGACCCCUCACUUGCGUGGCGUACACGGCCUUCCAGAGUCGAGAUCUGCUCAAAUCGCUGGCAAUACCGCCCAAGACCUUCGUUGCUUUCAUGAUGACCUUGGAGGAUCAUUACGUGAAGGAUAAUCCCUUCCACAAUAGCCUCCAUGCAGCUGAUGUGACCCAGUCUACUCACACUCUGCUCAACACGCCCGCCUUAGAGUCCGUGUUCACACCGUUGGAGAUCACAGCUGCAUUAUUCGCGGCUUCUAUCCAUGAUGUAGACCAUCCAGGACUCACGAAUCAGUUCCUCAUUAAUUCAAGCUCUGAGCUCGCGCUGAUGUACAACGACGAGUCGGUGCUGGAGAACCAUCAUUUGGCAGUCGCGUUCAAGCUUCUGCAGAACGAGGGCUGCGACAUAUUCGUGAACAUGACGAAAAAGCAGCGGCAGACGCUGCGAAAGAUGGUUAUCGACAUGGUACUCUCGACGGACAUGUCCAAGCACAUGUCGUUGCUGGCCGAUCUGAAGACCAUGGUGGAGACGAAGAAGGUCGCCGGGUCCGGCGUAUUACUGCUGGACAACUACACCGAUCGCAUUCAGGUGCUGGAGAACUUGGUGCACUGCGCCGAUCUGUCUAAUCCAACAAAACCGUUGCCGCUGUACCGACGAUGGGUGGCUCUGCUGAUGGAGGAGUUCUUCCUGCAGGGUGAUCGCGAACGGGAACAGAAUAUGGAUAUAAGUCCCAUGUGCGAUCGGCAUAGCGCCACAAUCGAGAAGUCGCAAGUCGGCUUCAUUGACUAUAUCGUGCAUCCCUUAUGGGAGACUUGGGCGGAUCUAGUGCAUCCGGAUGCGCAGGACAUCUUGGAUACUCUUGAAGAAAAUCGCGAUUGGUAUCAAUCAAUGAUACCGCCUUCACCGCCGUCCGACGAAACGCAACAGCCAGCAACGAAUGAAAGUCAGCAACAGGAUAGGAUACACUUCCAAGUGACGUUGGAAGAAGGCGACGAGACCGGCGAGGCGGUAGAAGGUGGUGAUACCGGUGGUGAUGGCGGCGGUGGUGAAUCAACAUUUUCCAGCGAGGACGCGGGCGGUGAGACGGAGGAGAACGCCACGGAGGCUGGGAUGUGACGGAGGCUCGCCGGAAUUUGCAGAAAGUUCCAUGAGAAGGUGCAUCAGAGCUGGUGGCGCGUGCGUCAGUGACAUUCGCACCUAGCCGCGCCUAGCCGCUGGUCCCUUUGUAUCGACCUAUGCCGCGUUGGCCGGACCACGAGAGGAGGCGGUUGAGAUGACGGGAGCCAUCUCGAUCGGGCAACAAGAGAUAACGUCCCGACGACGACGGAACUAUGACGGAGGUGCGAAAAUGCGUUAGAAAAUCGCUACGCUUCGGCUGGACCGAGACGAGCGAUGCGAAAGGAGCACGUUUUGCCGUCGUCGUCGUCGUCGUUCUAAUUUCGUCUCCGCAUCUCAUUUGAAUUCUAUCAAGCGGGAGGGGCGAAUCUCUUCACAAAGUACCUGCGCAAAUAAAAGCGGCAGCUGCAUGUUUGCGAUAUAUAUCGAGUGGGUGGCAAGAUGUUUUUUUUUUCUUAUACACACGCACACACCGAAGAUGAUGACGAUUGUGGGACGGUGAUCGUCCAUCGUGUAUCGAUCCAUCAUCUAUUUCUUCGACAUAUAUAUGAUGAAGAUAUGCCGCCGUCGAAGGCUGGAAGAAGCCUCUCUUCCAGAAUCAUGCAGGAUCCUUAACAACAUAUCAACAGUAUAUACAAUGGAUUCUAGCUGAAGCAUAUUAGCGAACAGAUCGAUGUCACUGUCUUCUUAUAGAACGUUUCAAACGCUGCACAGAAAUUAUCGUGAUUCGUGAGUCAAUUGAGAUUUAUUUGCGUACGACGAAAAUUCAAAAUAUGCUCAUCAAUUUGUUUCUUAUGUUAUGAUAUAACAUCAUAUUGUAAAUUCAAUAACGCGUUACGAUCCAAUUUUGCGAAUAACCGAAAGGACCCAUAAUAAUCGAUGUUCAAAAUUAUAUACACGAUAUCGAACGGAUCGAGCACACGUUAUCCGAUAUACUAUUGGAUAGAAAUAAGUGACGAAAUAUAGGAAAAACAAUUAAACGGAUACUCAGUUACAGUUAGGCGUUCAUCCUUUUGGUUCUUCGACGGUUAUUGAAAUAGUCACCUACUUAUCGGUAGAGAGAAGGAUACCUGUCUUUUUAAUCGUAAGAUUUUGUCAUGUUCGCUUUGUAGACAUAGAGAAGUUUGUAAUUGAAUUGUUCGUAAUCGAAAACGAGAAUCCAGAAGUAGCCGCGUGUCUAUAAAGGAAAUGCUAGAGCAAACACGUAGAGUAUUACUCACCAUCUACAUGAUUUACGAGAAAGGAGCGAGAUAAAUUCGCUUUUUUUUCCAAAUCACGUAAUCAAUGGGGGAGCACCGAGCAGCAAAACGGGAGGGAGGAAAGCAUCGAGAUAAGGGGACAAUUAAUUUUAAUAUACAACUACGUCGAGAGCUGGCCUUUUCAGUUUGUAUUAAAAUUAAUUACCGAGACGCUUUCUUCUUGCGAUACAUAUACAAUAUGUACACAAAAGUAUACACAAAGAAACACACACAGAGAUAUACACACACAUACAGACACAUGAUAUAAACGCAAUACGUACAACUACAAUGCGCGCGAAGAUAUAUAUCGAUAGAUGUUUUUAACCAAAGAGUAAUAUAAGUGAUUGUUAAGUUGAUUGCCGAGCGUGCCGUUCACCAAUACGUCUUCUGGCGACCAAUAUUCCAGCGACGGUGAACGAAUCGUUCUGGAAUCUCGCGUGGAACGUGAGAAUGAAAUCAUCCUCUCGCCACGGAUAUCCGUGAAUCGCUCAAAUUUGCAAAAAUUCGUUCGGUAUUCAAAGCGCGAUCGCUCCAAACGAAUUUGGAAUUUAUCGCGCCGAUAAAUCGCCGUUCGAAAGCUCGAACGUCCAACGCCAACCGUCGUGCUUCUUAAUGUACAAAAUUGACGACACAUCCCACGAAGAAUUAUUCUCUUCCUCUUUUUGACUAAGCCGCACGAAGAUAUUUUAAUUUCGUCGUAUUGGUGAAAUGGCGACAAUUGCGCGCCUCGAUAAUAUCAGGGAAAUGAAUGUGAAACACGUCUUUUUAAAUGACCGAGUGUAAUACCGAAGAUCAGCCUAAAACAAAAUUAACAUUAUUACUUAAGUCGUAAAGCUUGCCAUCGACUGCGCGAAGUGAGAAAUUUGGCAUACGAGUCUGAUUAGGCGUGUAUAAGCGGUGACAGCUCGGGCUCAUAUAAUCAUACAUUUCUUAAUCACAUUAAGGGAAUUACCUUAUAAUCGCAUAACAAAAAAGAAAAAAGAAAAAAAUACUACGGAGAAAGCAAAAUCUCUAUGUGUGUUGUAGACAGUGAUCUAGUGAGUGUUUUGGUGCUGGCCACCAAGUUUAGCUUGUAAGAUAAACUCCGAGGUUCACGAGAGUCCGCGACUACAAUUGUUAAGUCAAGAAGGAGAGUUAACUUAACGAAGUUUUUAGGGCGUAAGCAACGAGGUUAUAAUAAUUAUAAUAAUAAUGUAAUAAAUAAUUACUGAUAAUGGUCAUAAUAUUAACAGUAAUAAUAAUAAUUAAAGCGCGAUAAGAAAGAUACUGAUUUACUAAUUAGCGUUAACGAUAACACUCAACUACGCAAACGAAUCGAGAUUACGUUCGCUUCACGAAGCAACGUUGUUUGAACGAGGAGAAACAGGAGGAGAGGGACGAUGAAGUGUUAUCGAUGAUGUACCUAUGCACUGACGCUGAAUUGGAACUCGGCGAAAGUAUUCGAUUAAAAACGGUGAUCUUUUUAAUUAUUUAGUGCGGGUGCGCCUUUGAUUGUAUUUUGGCGUGGACGAGCGGAAACGCACUCGUUCUUUUUUCCGUAACGUUUUCUUGUCGCUCGUCUCGAUGGAUCUCGCGGGUAUGCGCGCAGGUACAAAUAUAAAAAAAAGAAACACGCCACAAAAUACGGAUUUGUCAUACGAAUCUCAUUGAAUUAUUGCGAUUUAUCGUAUUUCUAAAGUAUCGUUAUUUGAGCAGCAAUCUGUUAAUUAUUGGUAAGAGAUUUGAAAAAAUAAAGAGAGACAGAGAGAGAGAGAGAGAGAGAGAGAGAGAGAGAAAUGCGAAAUAAAUUAUACAAAACACGCGGGGAAUGGCGAUCCAACGUUUUUGCGAAUAUAACAAAUCGCAUUGUAAUUCAAUGAGAUGUGUGUAACAAUAUUUAGUAAUAAUAGAAUUAUAUAAUGAUGAUGAGAUGAUGAGAGAAAAAUAAAAAUACCUUGUUUGAUUGCUGGACAGUUAAAUGAAUGUAUUAAUAUCGUGUAAUCGUCGUACGAGAUAUAUGUGUAAUAAAACAUAUUUAUUGUCGGAA